ACCCUAAAAACAACAAGUAACGAAACAACAUAUAAGCCAUGAAAUGGUCCCGACUCAGCACGUUGCUAGCCUGGCUGGGCUAGCGCUGGUCUUCCGUCGGGGCCAUGACCGUGUGCAGCACGAAGCGUAAUACAAUAUUUGAAGCAAAAAAAUUUAAAAACACACAUUAUAACAAACAAAUUGAAAAUUAAACAAGUAUCUUUUCACAACGAAUUUAAAAAAAUACAUUAAAUCUCUAGCAAGGAUCCCUAAACAUCCCAAGUUAUAUUAAAAGGGAUUAAGUUCAUUAAAAUCCUAAGUACAGUUAAUCUAACCUUAAUGUUAUUGUAAUGUGUGAACUGAAAGCCAAAAUGACUUAAGCGUCGUUUUUGUUCACGAAAUUCUAAUAUUUAUGACUGUAGUAACUAGGGCUGUACCCGAUCGUGUAGAAAACGGAAAUGAGUCAUUACGAUGUUGUAUUUAUGAAGUGUUAAGAAGAAUUUCGCUAUCAAUGGUCUGUUGUUAGUUAAAAUCCGGUGGCUUGGGUGGUCGGUUGUGUGCUGGUGACAAAUUGGUUAUUAAUAGGCCAGUUUCAGAAUGACGACGUACUCAAUACGAUUAGACGAACUGGAUCUGGCGCUGCUGCCCCUGCGCGUCCACAACAACGACUUCUUGAAGAAGGAGCACUUUCAGUUCCAAGUCAUCAAGGAGCAUGCGGAAGUUCCAGAACUAUCAGACGUUACCUACACAUGCCACAUAUGCGCCAUCAACGUGCCAGCAGCGUUCGCUCGCGAGCAUAAUGCGAGCGUAAAGCAUCAAACAAACGCGCGCAUCGCUCGCGUGGCCACGCUGCGCACGCACGCGCUCAUAUCCGCGCACCCCCCUCCCCUCGUGAAGCAAACAGGGCGCUUCUGCGUGAACUGCGCGACAAUUGUUGAUGAAGACCAUGACAAGACAAAAGAGCAUCGAGUCGCUGUGAUGCAUGAUAAUCUGCUUUGUGAGCUGAUGAAAGCAUACGUUGGGGAUGAUGAUGAAUCAAAAAAUGCUGAUAACAACGUUGAUAACAAUCAAAAUAAAAUGCAUAUUGGUGGUAAGAAAGAUGAAGAAUAUUUUAAAAUAGCUGAAGAGAACAAUAAUAUUAAUGUCGCCAUGGUAACUCAAACGAUAAAACUCCAAUCAGAAAAUAUCACAGAUAAUGUAGUUACAAAAGUCAUGCAACCCAUUGCGGACUGUGCAACCAAUGAUACGACCUCAGAAAGUAAAAGUGAAGAUUUCAGUAAAGAUGAUAUUCCUAAAAAUAACACGAGCGCCAACAAAACUGAAAAUAAGCCUCCUGCAAAUUCAGUUUCGCCUACAAAAAGCCAAGCUCAAACUAAAGAUGUGACAGAAAAUGGAACAGGUCAAAAUGAGCCUGGUACGUCGACAAAAAACGGAAAAGGAACUAUGGAACCGAAAGCAAAAUCAGCAAGAGAGCCCUAUGAAAAAGAGCUGCGCAAAUUUAUGGACUCUAAAUAUCAAUUCCAAAUUAAAGAAUCGUAUUCCCGAAUACAUAUAAAGAUAAAUGACGAUACUGUAAACGUUUAUAGUGAUCAUUUCCACAGUUUUCACAGAAUAUACAGAAAUGGGGACAUAGAAUGCAUAGUUUGCGAUAGCACUUUCAAUGAAAAAAAUCAGGAGGCACACAAAUACAGUGUGAAUCAUAUGAGUGGUGUUGUUCAAAUCGGAACGGAUGGAGAAUACGUGAGAGAGAUAAACGAAGCAUACAGCCACUGCAUACUAUGCAACCAAAAGAUCAGCAACAUAAACGUAGCCAAGCACAAGCAAUCACAGCACCACACUUUACGAAAAACCAACAAUGUUAGAAGCACCAAACCGAAAGCAGCAGCUACAACUGACAGAAACAUCGAAAAUACAAGCAAAGCGACCACGACUGAAAGAAACUGCAAUAAAAAUAAUGUAACAUUUGAUGUAAAUGAGCCGUAUGAAGAAAUUAAAGGAGAACUACAGUGUCUGGUUUGCGAAUGCAGAGUUCCAAAGGAUGUACGGAAUAGAGAGGACCAUUUAAAGGGAUUUAGACACAUGAAUAACUUGAAAUCGAAGUAGCCAGAGAGAGGCGAAAUAAGCCUUUAAGACGAAAAGCAUAAACUAUUCAAACAAAAUUAAUUUGUAAAUGAAUCCUCAGUGCCAAUAAAUCGCAUUUCAAUAAUGUA